UAUUGCUUCCCACUAAAUCAGUCUAGACGAGGGUGUCCGCAGACGCAUUUCGGAUCAGUCGAGGCCGACCGUCUAUACGAAGUGUUUUUACACAAACGCUAUGGCACUCCAACGAUUGCAAAUUCAACAUUGUCGAGUGUUUUCUAGUUUAAUCAACAACCAGCUUCAUCUUCGCCGAAAUCAGUCUGUUUUAGCAACACCUGAUGAAAAUCCCAGGAUUCUAAUCACUGGUGGACUGGGUCAACUUGGAACUGGAUUGGCUAAAAUCCUACGUGAAAAAUAUGGCAAAGACAACGUCAUCAUGUCCGAUAUUCUCAAACCAUCGAAAGAAGUAGUCGAAGCCGGACCGUACAUUUUUGCCGAUAUUCUCGACUUUAAGUGUCUUCAAGAAAUGGUUGUUACCUAUCGAAUUGAUUGGCUAAUUCAUUUUAGUGCCUUGUUGAGUGCCGUUGGAGAGCAAAACGUUCCGUUGGCCAUUCGAGUCAACAUUGAAGGAUUGCAUAACGUGAUGGAGUUGGCAAAACAGUAUCGUCUUCGGAUAUUCGUUCCGUCUACCAUAGGCGCAUUUGGUCCCGAAUCACCACGGAAUCCGACGCCAAAUUUAACCAUACAAAGACCCAAAACAAUUUACGGCGUUUCAAAGGUUCAUGGCGAAUUACUAGGAGAGUAUUACCACCACAAAUUUGGUCUCGACUUCAGAUGUCUCCGUUUUCCUGGCGUUAUCUCCAGCGACACGAACCCAGGCGGAGGAACAACAGAUUAUGCCGUUCAGAUAUUUCACGAUGCCCUCAAAACUCGUCAAUUUCAAUGCUAUUUGAAACCAGACACCCGCCUACCAAUGAUGUACAUCACAGACGCAUUGCGAUCGCUCUGUGAAUUCAUGGCCUUGCCUCCCGAAGCACUGAAACAGCGAACGUACAAUGUAACAGCAAUGAGUUUCACACCUGAAGAAAUUGUUCGAAGCGUGCAGAGGCACGUACCAGAUCUUAAAGUAACAUAUGCACCGGAUUCGCGCCAACAAAUCGCGGAUUCGUGGCCGCAGGUGUUUGAUGAUUCGGAAGCUCGAGCUGAAUGGAAUUGGAAGCCUCAAUAUGAUAUCGAUGGAAUGGUUGAUAUCAUGGUAGACGCACUGCGGCCCAAGUACCAAAUCUGAUACAAAACGGGUAAUGAAAGAGCCUUACACAGUUGCUAGCGGCACCUCGAAAAAAAAAAAAAAGAGUUGAACAUUUUCAACUUGUAAUAAAAUGCCAAAGUAGCUCUCUGAUAGAGAAUGAUCAAACUGAAACCAUUAGACUACAUUUUCAUUUCUAAAUCUUGUAUAUGUAAAUGACAUUUCUUUGGUGUCUGAUAUCAGUUGCAAUCUGACUUACACAGAGGGAUUACAAGUCUAUUCGUAAACGUAUGUCUACUCAUGCCCUUCGAGCAAUCGUCUAGGAUUAAUGCUAGGAAAAGAUUCCCUCCGUUAUUCCUUCUAGUUAAUGAUACUCAUGAUUCUAUAAUACACGAGUUAAUAUUU